UCAAGUCCAAGCAUUAUCUUCGCUUAGAAGCUGGAAGAACUGAUGAAACAGGUAUAUAGUGCACACUGUUUCUUCUCUAUUGUGGAAUGAAGAGGGACUUUAUUCAGCUCCUGACAGUGCUUCUUACUGUCCAGUGGGUGUUUUCCCUGGAUAACAAGUGCACAGGGUCACGAUGUGAUUUUGUGUGCGACUGCUCUGACUGUAGCGAUGAGCAGGACUGUGGAUAUCGGGGGAGAGAUUUUGUAUGUGAUUUCGAGGAUGCAGGUGUGUGUGGCUGGAAGGAUAUGGCAACCGAAGGUAAAGGAUACAUGUGGGAGAGACGUCAGAGGGGAGACCCUCUGCCCAACAGUGGACCCUCGUCUGAUUACACAAUCGGCACAUCAGCGGGUUGGUUCAUGGCCGUGACAGCAGUGAAUGGAGAAUCUCCUAGAAUAGCUGUCCUGACAUCUCCUACAAUCAAUCAGUCUUCCCCGACCUGUCGCCUUCAUCUCCAUUACUUUAUCUGGGACUCAGGUUACACCAUGCUGGAAAACAGCCCUCUUUGGGCAGAAGUGUGGACUCCUGAGGGACAACCUUCUGUAGUGUGGAGGCCUGAGAACACAAGUGUUCGUUCAUGGAGGAAAGGCACUGUCUUCUUAGGACGCAUCCCUGGACCCUUUCAAAUACACAUACACUCACGGCGUCAGGAUGGGAGGAGUGGAGACGUAGCUAUCGAUCAACUGGAGUUCAUGGACUGUGCACUUCCAGCCACUGAGAGCUGUGGGAAUGGACAUUUCCAGUGCAAACAGGGAGGCUGUGUGGAAGAACGUGCAGUGUGUGAUGGCACAGAUGAUUGUGGAGACAGAACGGAUGAGGAGAACUGCGAUGGCUUUAUGAGUUGUGACUUCGAGAAAGACCUUUGUGGGUGGGACCUAAGAUCACUUUCAUCACUGGUUUGGAACAGGACCAGUCAAAUGCAUAUCUCAAACUCUGAACCUCUAAGAGGCCCUGGGAGAGACCAUUCCUCCAAUUCUGCUUCAGGUCAUUUCCUGUAUGUUACCAAACCAAAUGUGCUUAAGAAAGAUUGGGCAUCUUUUCAAAGUCCUCGUCUGAAACCGACCAAUAGCUCGCAUCCUUGCCGUAUGGUGAUGUACACGCACCAGUUUGGUGGCAUAUCAGGGGGUCUAUCAGUGCUGGUGGCAGAGAAACAGAUUUACCCAGUGUGGGAACGUGGUGGUUCACUGGGUGAUCUGUGGGUGAAAGCAGAGAUAGAAUUUGUAGUCAAUAGCACAUUUCAGAUAUUGUUUGUUGCUGCGAUUCGAGACCAAGCAUAUGGAGGCAUUGCAGUUGAUGAUAUUUCACUCUCCCCCGAAUGCCGUUUGUCCAAUGAGUCAGUAAGACCAGAGAAGUUUCCCAAGCCACCCAAAAAACCUUGCGCGGAGGCCAGCAAGAUUUGUGACUUUAACAAGGACUGUCCAGAGGGAGACGAUGAAGCACAGUGUGGAGACUUUUCAUAUAAGCAGGGUAGCAAAGGUUGGACAGACAUCAGUGUCGGAAGCCAAAGCUGGAAGAUUAUGGAAAAUGCCUCAUCUGCAGAGGUGUUCUUAUAUGUGGGUGAAUCUGCUGGUCAGCAGCUGACAGAAGCUCAAACACGCACCCCUCCACUCGGCCCAUCCGGCCUUGCCUGCACUCUCAAGUUCUCCUACAGCCUCACAGGCAGCAACCAACACAUAGGAGAAGUGUCUGUAAUUGUAGUGGACAGUGUCUUGGGCACUCUUCCUCGGCUGUGGGAGUUUGGUGGGAGGACAGGUGUAAACGAGGCAGAAUCAUGGGUUAAUGAGGAGGUCUAUAUUGGUGCUCGAGAUCGUCGCUUCCAGCUGGAGUUCAGAGCACGUGCUUUAAAUCCUCACUCAGACGCAAGAAUAGCAGUGAAGGAUGUUCAUUUUGUCGAAUGCAACCCACAGUAUAUUCCUUCUACAAUCGACGGACUGUCCUGUAACUUUGAGACUGAUUUCUGUGGAUGGUACCAAGACCAAAUGGACAACUAUGACUGGAGUGUCCAGAACGGCCUUGACCACACUAUUGGAAAGGGUAAAAGUCUGGCAGUGAAUAUGUGGAACUCGACACUACGAGGUCUUUCUGGUCGCCUUCUUUCACUUAGCCAGAAUUCACUAGAUGAGCACUGUCUCUCAUUCUUCUACAAACUCUACGGCCCCCAGACAGGUGCGCUCAAUGUAAAGCUGCUUUUCAAAGACGGUUCGGAGCAGUUGUUAUGGACUCGGUUUGGGGCUCACGGAAAUGUGUGGCAGGAAGGACACUGCCCGGUGCCUCAACAAAUGUCUUCCUAUCAGUUGGUUUUUGAGGCAGUGCGGUCAGGUUUUGAUGGACAGGUGGCUAUAGAUGACGUGGCAUUCGUAAAAGGCUCGUGCUCUCUGCCUACUAUGUGCUCCUUUGAAGGUCAGCGUUGUGGCUACACCAACAAUAGAGAUAGUCUCUGGGUCCAUCAGACUUGGGAUGGAACAAGGAUAGGCCCUAAGACCGACCACAGUCUCGAGACAGAAAUGGGUUACUACAUGUUGGCCCACAGCGGUGUGGAUGUCCUUCCCCAGGGCAGCGUGACUACUCUGAUCUCCCCUGUACGAUAUGGUGUGACUCACACCGAGUGUGUUUAUUUCUGGUACAACAUGGGAGGACAUAACCCCGGUACUCUGCAUGUGUAUGUAAAGCCUGUCGAUGGGGAAAGGAUUCUGAUUUACUCCAGCGACCUGAAUCAGGAACACGACUGGCACCUUGGCAUGGGCAGUGUUAGCUGGCAUGGUGACUGGCAGUUGCAGUUUGUGGUGGAAGGAGGAGGCGGAAAACACACUUAUAUCGCUAUUGACGACAUCAGCUUCUCAACUAACAGCUGCCCGAAUACAGACAAAGUAUGUGAUCUGGAGCGAGGCCUGUGUGGAUGGAGCAACACUCAGAGCCACCAUCUGGAUCAUUUAGAUUGGGAGCUAAGCAACCUGCUGUCUGAAACACACUACCCCACCCCACCAUACGACCACACACUGCACAACGAGAGAGGUCACUUCCUUUUCCUUCCACACACUCUGUGGGAUUCUGCUACUCAGAAUGCCUGGCUGCUGAGUCCCUAUCUUCCUCCCACUAAAGGCACCUGCUUGUAUUUUUGGGUUUAUCAACCUGUCGCCUCUGACAGCAAACUGGUCGUGUGGACACUUUCCAAAGGGGCCAAAACUGAGCUUUUGAGCAUCACUUGGGCCGAAGAAACAUGGCAGCAUUUCCAAUUAAAUGUCACUUCAGAGACUGAUUACCAAAUUGUGUUUGAGGGAUUUAAAGGCACAAAGGGUGUUCUUGCUUUGGAUGACUUUGGCUACACUGUGGGGUUAAACUGUGCAGGAGAGCAGACAAACCAGACAACACCAACAUCAUCUAACAACUCAGGAGUAAUAGCUGCCUCGGUGGUAGUAGCCAUUCUGUUGAUGGUGACACUGGCUGUUAUACUGUUCCUCUACCUGAGGAUACGUGAGCAUAACAGAUCUCAGACAAGGGACUCGGUUGAUCAUGUGGAUAAUCCAGGUUUUGGAAAUGAUCUGUAUGAACCGGCUCAUAUUGUUUUACCUCCCAUCUAUGGUCAGGAGAAUGAACGGGAAGUGGCAUAAGAUGACCUGUGGUUGUGAUUGCCCAACUUGCUGAAGGGAAUAUGUGCAAAUCAUACAAUACCACACUAAAAUAAUUUCUUGUAUUGUUUCAUAAACACAUCUGUCGAUAUAUAAAGCAGGCUACUUUGUUC